CCACAACGGCAACAACUACCACAACUACAAAGAAACCAAAAAUGCGCAAAUUUCCACAGUACCCCUUCUACCCUGGUCCUUUUAAUCCCUACUUUCCUCCCCCUCUUCCAGUCACAACUACUACUACAACCACCACUGCAAAGCCACCAACUGCACCCAUGGUAGCUCCUUUUCCUUUCUACCCACCUUACUUCCCUUGGCCCUACCAAGGCCCUCUGCCAGCGACUGCCACACCAACCACUCCAUCAACCACAACUCAACCUCAGUCACCAGAGUCACCACAGUUUCCACCAUAUCCACCUUUCUUUCCUCCAUAUCCAUUUUUCCCUCACUAUCCCCAAUUUCCAUUUUUCCCUCCACCUAUCCCAAAUUAUCCCCAAUAUCCAACUCUUGAGCCACAAACGACACCAACUACGACUACAACCGAGAUAACGGCCCCCCCACUGACUCCGUCCCCGGAUGUUCAGCCACAUCGUCAUCCACAUGGCCACUAUCCGUUCUUUAUCCGGUAUCCCCCUCAAGGCUAGCCUGUUGAAACAGUUUUAAUAAAUUGUUUGAAAAACAUAA